AUGAAUUCUGGCAACUGCGAGCUCGGACUAGCUAUUAAUAGUCUUCUUUCUCCAGAUCUGACCCAACUGCUCCAACUUCAACAGCAGGCCACAUUGCUCCAGCAGCAGCAGCAACAACAUCAAGUUGAACGCCAACAACAACAGUUAAGACUUCUGGCUGCCAUGGCCGAUGCUUCUUUGUCACCUGGCGCAAUUGCUGGCCUGACUUUAGCUUCUGCAGGACUUGGCUCUGGUGGUGGGACCCUUGGUGCAGCAGGACCAUCUGUAGCUAGCGGUGGGAGCCAAUAUCUGCAGGGCUUCGCUACCAUUGGCCGAGGUCAUCGUGGUACUUUCCUACGCCAGCAACAAAUGUUACAGCAGCAGCAACAACUGCAUCAACAAUUGCAUUUACAACAACAAGCUGCUACUCUUGCAGCAGCUGCAGCUGCCGCUGCAGCCGCCGCUGGAUUAGGACCAAAUGGCGCCCCACUUGUUGCUCAAAACGGCUUAGGUGGUACUGGUGGCUUCCAAGGAACGACAGCUACCCCUUCAGCUGACGGAAACGGUAGUGCUAGUGGAGCAGUAUCUGGAAUCGGGCAAACUGGAGGUGGAGUGAGUAACCUACUGGCCAAUGCAGCAGUCGCAGCUGCAGCUGCCGCAGCAGCUUCUUCUAAUGGUGUAAAUCUUCCCUAUGCUAGCCUGGCUAGCAUCUUACAGUCCGGAGUACUUUCAGGUUGUAAUGGUGCAGGCAACGCUCCUGUUACAGGAUCCGUUGUUUACGAAAACUCAUAUAAUUCGUUUCACGGGUAA